AUGGAUAUACCAACUCACAGGUUUGGCCAGUGGGUGAUUGAUGAGAAUUUUGUUCCAGUGGAGGUGAUUCAAAAUACUAGGAUGGGUGAUCAAGGAAACAACCAACAAGGUAAUGCUAUCUUAAGCAGGCUCCAAAGAUUAUUUGCUGAAGAUCCAAAUGGAAAAGGAAAGAUAGCAGAUGCAACUGAAAAACACAUGAACAAGACGAACAUCAAUAUUCAAGGGCAUUUCCAACCACAAUACCCCGCAGCCAACAUCGGUCAAUCGUCCACACUGAUGCAGAAUCGUCUACCAAGGUUACCCCAAGAGUUCAAGCAUUUGGAUGGAGAGUGCUCAGAAAAGCUAUUCCGACAGGAGCUAGAGCAGACGCAGCUACCCAGCGUGUCCAUCAAUCGAGCGAAGAAGAUGACAAUGUCUCCUGCCGCCGCGUUGCUGCUCUGCCUUGUGCUCGUCGGAUCCGUAAACCUUACGGCGUCGUACUUCGACCCCGGCCCACCGCGCCGCAGCAAGAACAGCGACGUGAUCGGCAUCGAUCUCGGUGCAACCUAUUCCCGCGUCGCCGUCUACCGGAACGAGCGUGUCGAGAUCGUCCCCGACGAGCAUGGCAACCGGGCCACCCCAUCGCAGGUCGCCUUCACGGACGGCGGCAAAAGGUUCGUCGGCGAGGCCGCCAACACCAUCUAUGGCGCCGCCAAGCGCCUGCUGGGACGGCGGUACAGCGACGCGGACGUGCAACGGGAAAUAGAGCUCCUGCCGUACGCCGUCGUGGAUGAGGACGGGAGACCGCACGUGCGGGUUGACGCGGGAGACGGCGGCAGCGACGUUGUCGUGCUCAGCCCUGAGGAGAUUGCCGCCGACGUGCUCGCCAAGCUGAAGGGCACGGCGGAGGCCUUCCUAGGCAUGAACGUGACGAAGGCGCUGAUCACCGUCCCGGCCUACUACAAAGAUGCGCAGCGGCAGGCUACCAAGGACGCCGGCGUGAUCGCCGGGCUUGAGGUCCUACGCAUACUAAACGACCCCUUCGCUGCCGCCAUCUCCUACGGCCUCCUCGACAGGCGCUACGACAAGAAGAUUCUGGUGUUCGAUCUGGGCGGCGGCACGUUGGACGUCACCGUGAUGCUAGUAGAGGAUGGCGUCUUUGAGGUCCUCUCCAUCAGCGGCGACUCCAGACUCGGCGGCCAGGACUUUGACCAGCGCCUCGCGGACCACUUUGUCGAGGUGAUCAAGCAGAAGCACGGUCGGGACAUCACCGGCAACAGCCGCGCGAUGCAGAGGCUGCGCCGGGAGUGCGAGCGGGCCAAGCGGGCGCUGAGCGACCAGCCCGAGGCGCGCGUUAAGGUCGAGGCUCUGUUCGACGGCGUGGACUUGUCGGAGCCGCUCACGAGGGCGCAGUUCGAGGAGCUGAACGAAGACCUCUUCCUAAAGGCAAUGGCGCAGGUGGAGAAGGCCGUGGCGGACGCCGGGCUGGACAAGCGCGAGAUCGACGAGAUCAUCCUCGCCGGAGGCAGCACGAGGAUCCCCAAGGUGCAGCAGCUGGUCAGGGAUUACUUCGACGGCAAGGAGCCCCUCAGCGGGAUCGACCCCGACGAGGCCAUGGCCUAUGGCGCCGCCGUCCAGGGAAGCUACUUGACGCGAUACGAGCAUGCGGAGCCGGAGCUGAAUCAACUGAGCUACUUGGAAAUUUGGGAUGAUGCAGGGUACUCGCCGUGGUAUGGUGCGCUUUCGAUUGGCAUCGAAACGGAGGAUGGCAAGAUGACGCGGGUGAUCCCGAGGAACCCGACCUUGCCGACGAAGAAGACGCACGUCCUCACCACGUUCUGGGACAAGCGGUCCACCGUGACAAUCAAAGUGUUUGAGGGCGAGCGCAGUGAGACCAAGGACUGUAGAUUCCUCGGCCAGCUCGAACUCUCCGGCAUCCCUGCCGCAAGGUCCGGUCCUCAUCGUAUCGAGGUGACUUUGGAGGUGGACGAGUACGGCGAACUACGGGUGGAGGCGGCAGACAAGGGGUCCGGCAAGUCGGAGAGCGCCAUCAUCGACCGCAGUGGCCGGCUGAGUCCGGAGGAUAUCCACCGGAUGGCCCGCGAGUGGGAGGCGUUGCUAGCUCGAGACAAGCUGCAGGCGUACGUGCGCAGCGUCAUGGACGUGGUCGACGGAAAGAUGGAGCCUGAGGAGGAAGGGGAUGGUUUGGACGUCAACCCGGUCGCCGGGAAGGAGGACUACGAGGAGAAUCUCAGGGAGCUGGUCGACGUGUGCUACCCUGUCGUAUCGGCCGUGCACCAGAGGUUCCCCGGUGGCCACGAUGACGAUGAGCUUUAG